CUUUUGAGUUCAAGAGUGGCUGAAAAGCAUUACAUCCUUCCCUCAUUCAGAAAGAAACACUCUAGCCUAAACACCACCACCAUCAAAGGAGAAAUAAAAUGCUGUCAUUCAAGAUACUGGUUUUGGCUGUUUUGAUUUCAACUGUGUUGGCGGGACAAUGGAAUAGCAUAUGUGCUGGAAAUCCUUCUAAUGCUGUCAGAGGCUGUGAUAAACAUGGGUGUGGAGACUAUAGUGCUUAUAGGAGAGGCCAAAGAGCACACCAAGGAGUGGAUGUAGAGUGUACAGAUGGAUCAGCUGUGUAUGCCCCCUUCACUGGAACAAUUAUUCGUCAAGCCAAACCUUAUAGCAAAAAUAAUGCAAUUAAUAAUGGUGUACAAAUAUCUGGAGGAGGUUUUUGUGUCAAAAUAUUCUACAUAAAGCCAGUUAAAUAUAAAGGCCCUAUCAAGAAGGGAGAAAAACUUGGUGUUCUUUUGCCCAUGCAGAAAGUUUAUCCUCACAUUAGAUCACACAUACAUAUUCAAAAUUGUGACCUGAGUGACCCCACUGUUUAUUUGUAAAUGGAAAAAUGAGGUUUAACUUUUUUUAACAAUAAAAAACAUCAGCAUAUAAACUCCUCUCUAUAAUCUACAUUAAACUCCUCUCCUAUUUGUUUUUCAAUGAAAUCAUGGUCAUAUGAAAAACUGGUCAUAGUGCAUCAACUUUGGCUUGAUGGUGUUAGAUGAGAUUCUGUGUGUAAUUCUCAGAGUAGUAUUUAGUUUGUAACCCCAAUUUUCAAAAGCCCAUUGUAUUACUAUUCCUUGGAGUAGAACUGCCACCCCCCCAAAAAACUUUUAGUUUUCCUGAUCUAUUUUCAAAAACCUUGAGAAGAAUUUAUAUGUACACUGGGAAGAAAAACCUAACUAUAAAAUAAGCUGAAGGAGGUAAAAUACAGUAAGUUUCAUACUUUUUGGGAAAUCUAGGGACAGGGAAAUAUAAUUAUUAUUAAGGCUACAAAGAAAUGGGAACGUUCAAAACUAUACUGACAAAGUACAAUUAAGCUUGGGAAAGGAAUCAUAGACAAAAACUAGGGUAUAAGGGAAGGGGCUGCUUAUAAUGGAUACUAAAAGGAUGAACCCUGUCCAGGUGUGGGUCUUCUUGGGAAAGUGUCUCUGAUACAAUGGGAAAACUACCUAAGACAAAAAGUACUUAGCUUUUGUUUAGCCUUACCUAACUGGGAUUGUAAAUUACCUUAGGAUCCAUUAUUCAAUCUGAAACUGCUAUCCUGAGAUUCCCUUCAGAGUGGAUUCUCAUGGGAACAAGAAUAAGUACAAGCUUUGGGGUCUCCAAUUUGUUAGCCAGUUCUAAAACUUGAGGUUCAUCAGAUUUUAUGAGACUACAAGUUUGGGGUUUCUAGAUUCCAUGUUGAUAGGCUUAAGAGUUGAAACACCACAGUUCCCACCUUCUGUGUGAUUGGACAGAAGGGAUGAGAAUGUUGUGAUUAUUUUAAAUGUCUGUGAUUGUACCAAUGUUAUGGGGUCCAGAUGGGUACCCCUGGGGUUUGGAAAGGAUACCUUUUGCAAGAAUGCAAGACUCCAAAACUUAGCUUAAAAACAAAAAGAGAAAUAAGAAGAAAUAAGGCUUGUUUGGGGGUAUUGAAAUUUGUUUCUGCACUACUGAUAAGCAGACUUUCUCUGAGCUGUAAUGGGUAAGAUUUGUCUUUUAAGGAAAAAGAAGGCUUCUGGGAUCUAAUGGUAACAAAGUACAAAAAGGACAGAGAAUGUCCUGGUAUGGUUGGAGAAGGCAACCCAAGGCUCACCUUGGACUUUUCUGAUCAUCUAGGAUGCUAAUCCUUGAGUGAAACAAUAAUGGCAUGAACCAGUGACAGCCUUGGCUUGUACAUAAAGCCACUCACUCUGGUCUUUGGGACAUGAGGAAAUAUUUUCCCUGUCUGCCUUUUCCUUUGUGAUAAAUUCCCAUAAUCAACACAAAAUACAAAUUGUAGAAUUAAAGUUUCCAUUUCCCCAAACAACCUAUUAGAUAAUAAUUGAAAAUUCUUAAAUUAUUAGGGAACAUACUUUGAGAAGUAGGUGAAGUUUAUUAAUAGAUGGCUUGUAUUUGGAGCCUUAAUUUACCACAGUUGAAGUUUGAAUCUUGAACUUGGAAAUAUAGCUCAAAGCUUUCUGAAUUUCCCCCAGAAUCUGGGGUAAAGAAAUUAAUCUGUAAAAUAUUGUUACUCAAGUGUUUAUAGAUGUUAAUGUGUACUUUGCAGAAGGAUAUUCUUUAACAGAAACAUCACAUGCCAACUCUGCAAACAACUCAGGAAUCCAAUUUCCUAAAGGGAUCUAUUCCUGUCAGAAGAUGAUUUCUGAAGAUGGAGUCUGUUGGCUAAGAUACUCAAAUGCAAAUGUGUGAUAUCAAUUACUAUUGUAUUAAUUUUCUCUGUUUAUAGCCGUUGCUCUGGUUUUUGCCCCAGUCCUGGUUUUUACACUUCUAUCUUAGGGACUGACUCUCCCCAUUGUGACCUGUCUACCAAUCAGGGGAAGCAGUCGCUGGACAUCCUUCAGAUCUCCAGGCAGGUCCCCACCUACGUAUGACCCAGACAGUCACUGAGGACACACCCCUAAAGGCCCUGUGAGCACAGACUUUCCUUCCCUGUUCAAGUUUUGGCUACUCCCCUGUGGGAUAUGUGGACCUUGCAUUUGUAACCUUGUCACUUCUCUAGUUGCUUCUAGGGUAGAAGCACUUAUGGGAAUCGCCCAGAUAUCACUGUAACCUCAGCAACUAUUCCAGCCUGAAACCCUGGACAUUGCCUACAGUCAAUACCUCUCCCCUGACAAGAGGCAGGGAUAGCUCUACACCAUUCUCAGCUCUGAAGAAGCUACACAAGACUGAGACCAUCACCCCUUUUCCCUUCGUUAUUUGGAGAGGGAUGGGGAGAUGAUAUGGGUAUUGUACCCCCCGAUACUCGGGCAAACUACUGUCAGGAAAGUUCCUUUGCUCCCUUGCAUCCUUGUGACUCCUAGCCUAAGGCAUCUAAUGACCUCUAUAGGACUCUAUGUUAUUCUUUACUUUUAUGCUUGAUCAUAUGGGGUUAGUUAAGGAAUCUAUGUUCCAUACAUUCUUAAUCACCUAGUAGCAUUCGUCAAGGAUUACAUUAAUACUGUCCAGCUAAUUGUCCUUUGCCAACAUUAUCAAACCCUGAAACUAUUGAAUCCCCUUAUGAUGAUAUGGUCACAUGAGGAAGAUUCCUCAUGUACAGCUGAAGACGUGUGGAAUGAAGGACAAGCCCUGGAAACUAUUUUCUACCUGACCCCCUUGCCCCUAGCGCCCCUGCAGUCAAAGUUAAUGUACUAGGAACUGAUAAGGACCCCAGGCCCAGGAAUUCCUGUUUACUCCUGUCACCCCAGGAAUUCCUGUGCACUCCCCCUACCACUCCAGGAUAAAAAGCCUGCAAGCCCCAGACUCAGGGCUCAGCCAUUUUUAGAGUGCUGUGUCCAAACUGAAGUUUGUUUGAUAAACUCCGUCCUGUGUGUUACAUUGUUGGUCUUUGUUUCAUUCUUGGGAUCGAUAACAGGACACUUCAAGGGUAGUAAGGGCUAGGUAAUAGGGGUUAAGUGACUUGUCCAGGAUCACACAGAUAGGCAGUGUCUGAGGCCAGAUUAGAACCCAGGACCUCAAUUUCUGGGCUUGACUUUCAAUCCACUGAGCUACCUAGCUGCCUCCUCAGUGCCUUUUUUCUAAUGGCAUGUGCUCACAUCAUUUCUCUGAGCCAUAUUUAUGUAAUUCUUAUAAUAUUUCUAACUUUUUUAUCAUUAUGUCUGUUACAGUGAAUCAAUGAUCAAUAAUCUUUGAUGUUAUUAUUGUAAUUGUUUGGAGGAACCACAAAUUGCAUACAUAUAGGACAAAUGAACUUAAUAAAUAUAUAUAUUUUGACUAUUCAA